AUGGACUUUGUAGCAAGCAGUGGAUGGCUCGAGAGGUUUAAAGCUCGUCAUAACAUAGUUUUUCGGAAUUUACAUGGAGAAGCUAAAGACGUCCCGGAAAGUCUUUGUGAAGAAUGGAGAAUAAGACUCCCCACCCUACUGUUUGGUUACAAAGCAUCAGACGUCUUUAAUAUUGAUGAAACCGGAUUAUUCUACAAAUGUGUUCCCCAAAAAACUUUAAUGUUCAAAGGAGAGUCCUGCGCUGGAGGAAAAAUGAGCAAAGAUCGCUUAACUGUUCUUGUUGGUGCCAAUGCUGAUGGAUCAGAAAAAUUACCCCUCUUAGUUAUUGGUAAAUCGAAAAACCCACGUUGCUUUAAAAACGUCAAAUCUUUGCCGGUAAAUUACAAAAGCAAUAAGAAAUCCUGGAUGACCAGCGAGCUGUUUGAAGAAUACGUGAGAAAACUUGAUUUGAGUUUUCAUAAAAAAUCUCGAGAAGUUUUGCUGUUUGUGGACAAUUGUCCAGCACAUCCAAAGUUAAAAAAUUUAAAGUCAAUUAAGCUUGAAUUCUUCCCACCAAAUACAACGGCAAAACUUCAGCCAGCUGAUCAGGGAGUAAUUCGUAAUUUAAAAGUGCAUUAUAGGAAACGAGUAAUUAGAAAGCUCAUCAACGAUAUUGAAAAUAAUAAAGAGCAUACAAGUUCCAUAUCGGUAUUAGAUGCUCUUCGAAUGGUUUUUAGUGCCUGGCAAAAUGAUGUUUCCCAAGACACAAUUGCUCAUUGUUUUCAGAAAUGCGGAUUCUUUCCUUCAAGUGCUCCCAAUAUUGUUGAUGAGGUUAACGAAUGUUUGGACAACGAGUUCAGAGAUGUGUUUCAAGAACAAUCAUUGGAACUUUCUGACUUCGUAAACGUUGACUCCGAGCUCAUUACCUGCGAUGAACUUUGCGAUGAAGAUAUUAUUGCAGAAGUAACAGCUAAAGAAGAUGGUACGGACAAUGAAGAGAAAAUUGAAAUUUCUGAACAUAAUGAUUUGCCAACAAAUGCAGAUGUUAGUAAUGCACUAUCGAUUAUUCAUCGUUCUAUUGAAAGUCGGGAAAAUGUUCCACAGGAUAUAUUCAAUGCCAUGAGUAAAAUUAAUGAUUUCAUACAUAGCAGAAAUAUUAAUUCAAAAAACAUGUCGGAUAGUUCAGAUGAUGAACCUAAUCCCAAGCGUAGGCGUGGAGUUGUGCACGAAGAAAAAUACAAACGGAAAAUUACAUGGAAUGCUAUGCUCACAGGACUGCAGUACGUCUCGUACAAAGGAAAAGAAGUUCCCAGCAAAGUCCCGUUGAAUGAUGAUUUUUACAGAAAUAAUGUCAUGAUAACAAAGGAGGCUGCCAUACAGUUGGAGAAAGAGGGCAAGGCCAUGGCAAACAACGUGACAUGUGGUUGCAAGCCCGUAAGAUAA